UCCAAUUUCAAGUUUGCUUGUAAAUCUACCGGUAAGGAAUGCAUCCACCCUAUUGUUGUCACCUACCAUUCGACAUUCUUUGCCAUGAAGCCAAUAUCGUACCGGCCACCAAACAAAUGUCGUGUGCAGGUCAAUAUGUAUUGGCCUCAGCGGCACCAAGAGUGAAUAGAGAAGGAAGAGCUUAGAAGAUGGUGGCGGAGAGAGUGCAAGGGCUGGCUCUGGCUGGUCUCGACAAGCUGCCCCCCCAAUUCAUCAGGCCCCUGAGCGAAAGGCCGGAAAAUAGCAAGGUCCUGACGGGACUCCAUGUCCCCACGGUGUCAUUUUCUCCGGAUUGCAAGCAAGCAGCCAAAGGCCAGCGAGGAAUGGGGCAUCUUCCAAUUAACAGAUCAUGGUAUUUCACCAGAGCUUUUCCGUCGUCUGAAGGAGGCUGGUGAAGGAUUCUUCAGUCUCCCCCAAGAGUACAAAGAGCAAUAUGCCAAUGACUUUGCUGGCGGCGUCUUCGAAGGGUAUGGUACCAAGCUUGCAAAGAAUCCAGUCCAGAAACUGGAGUGGAUCGACUAUUUCUUCCAUUUCAUGUGGCCAACAUCGAGAGUCAAUUACGACAAAUGGCCCAAAAGCCCCCCGAAUUACCGGGAAGUCAGAGGAGUACGGGGAAGAAAUGAAAAGGGUUGCGGAGGGGGUUAUGGAGGCUCUGUCGGUGGGGUUGGGACUGGAAGCAGGGGCUUUGAAAGAAGCAUUGGGUGGUGAGGUGAUGUCCUUGGAGGUUAAGAUAAACCUGUACCCCCCAUGCCCACAACCCGAGCUGGCCUUGGGAGUGGAGGCCCACACUGAUAUAAGCGCCCUCACAAUCCACCUCCCCAACCACGUACCUGGCCUUCAAGUCAUCAAAGAUGGGUCCUGGGUCUCUGUGGACAAUGUUCCUGAUGCCCUUGUUCUGCACGUGGGAGACCAGAUUGAGGUAAACUCCAGGACCUAUCCAUGCGCUUGUCCUUUUAUUUUUU